AUGCCAAAUUUAAAUACGAGUGAAACACUGAUUUUGCCUACUACUAAGACUAGGUCUCAAAGCCGUUUGGCUGUGGACGAUACAUUGUCCCAAGCCAUGUUGAGGGUAUUGGAGAGGGUCGCUAGACACCAUUCUGGAUCUGGGAGACAUGGGUUGGUAAUUGAACGACUCUGGUCCAAUGGUGCUGAGCUGUUUAGGGGUGUCACUCGAGUUGCCCCUACUGUGACUGAGUAUUGGUUAGAGGCCACCGAGAGGAUCAUGAACGAUAUAGACUGUACUCCGGAGCAAAAACUUAAGGGUUCAGCCUCCUUGCUUCGCGACGAGGCAUAUCAGUGGUGGUUAUCAAUUGAGGAGGGUACUCAGUCGGAUCUUUUGAACUGGGACUACUUUAAGACAACUUUCCAGGGGAAGUAUAUGGGGGCGAGCUAUGUGGAUGCUCGUAGGCGUGAGCUCAUGAAUAUCAUACAAGGUGAUAGAUCAAUGGCUGAGUAUGAGACCGAGUUUCUGAGGUUGAGCCGCUACGCUCGAGGCAUGGUAGCAUCUGAGUAUGAGAAAUGUGUUCACUUUGAGGAUGGUCUGAGAGAUAGUUUGAGGAUUCUGAUUGCUCUGCAGAGGGAACGAGAGUUUUCUGUUCUUGUGGAGAAGGCAAAGAUCGUUGAGGAAGUUAAACGCGUGGAGCGCUAG